AAAAAAAAGAAAGAAAGGCUCUCACUGUUUUUCCUGUCCUAGUAGUACUUUGAUUUCAUAUACAUUACACAGACAUAAUAGUACUUUAAUUUCUUGGUUUUCUGUUUUCUGCUUUUGCUGUGUCAUUUCUCUCUCUUGAAAAGGAGGUGAGAGAGGUGAGAGAAACUUGAACUGGUGAUCAUGGGGAGGAAGAGAAGCUCGCCGGCGAAUGUCGUUUUUGGGUGGCUGAGAAGGCAGCCUAUGAAGGUGAAGAUCUUUCUUGGAGCCACUCUUGCUCUCUUUGCUCUGGUCGCUUUGAAGUUGACGGUGAAAAAUCAUAGCCACUUCUUUGUUGCCUCUGAAGCCGUUCAUGCUCUUGGGAUUAUGGUUCUGAUUUAUAAACUUACCACCCAAAAGACUUGUUCUGGUCUUUCAUUGAAGUCUCAAGAACUUACAGCUUUGUUCCUAGCGGUUAGACUGUUCUGCAGUACCAUCAUGGAAGGCGACAUUCACACAUUGCUAGAUUUCACCGCUCUGGUUUCCACAAUAUGGGUCAUAUAUAUGAUACGGUUCAAGUUGAAGUCAACAUACAUCAAGGAGCUAGACAAUUUCCCCUUAUAUUAUGUGGUAGUGCCUUCUGCUAUUCUUGCGGUGCUUAUUCACCCCUACACACAACAUUUUCGCGUCGGCCGGAUUCUUUGGGCUCUUGGUGCGUACAUAGAAGCUGUUUCAAUACUGCCUCAGCUUCACUUGAUGCAGAAUGCCAAGAUGAUUGAACCGUUUACAGCGCAUUAUGUGUUUGCACUCGGUAUCUCUAGAUUCCUGUCAUGUGCUCAUUGGAUUAUUCAGAUUUAUGAGACUGGAGGGAGGUACCUAUACUUAAUUGGAUCUGGGUACUUCUGGUUCUUAGCCGCUUUCAUUGCGGAAAUGGUUCAAACAUUCAUCUUGACUGACUUUUGCUACUAUUACGUAAAGAGUGUCAUGAAAGGCCAGCUUAUAAUGAAAAUGCCAGUUUAAAAUGAAUUCUAAUCUCAAACUUGUAGGAAACAAUGUUGUACAUUUGUCUUCCUCACAUCAAAGUAUGAGGUUUCUUGUGGACUUGCAGACCGAAUGUCCUGAUUUUGUCAUUUAAAUACUAAAUAGUCAGCCUUUCCCUUCUUUUUUUUUUUUAUUUGUUUUGCCAACUUGUUU